UGAAAAAAAUGAUGGCGUUCUCUGCAAUAACAACGCACUGCCCCUCCUCUCUUCUUCGUCUGCCGGCGACGAGCCCGUCGGCAUCGUCGUCGUCUUCAGCUCGGAAUUCAGUCUCUUUCCGAUUCUCAUCCACAAGUCUCAGCCGUGGAAGACGCAUCUCAAUUCGAUCCGUUUCCACUUCCGCUGCACCGAAAUCCGAGGGCAUUGCACCUGCAAUUUCGGUUACGGAGAAUGCAUUGAAGCACUUUAAUAAGAUGAGGGCCGAGCGUAAUGAGGAUUUGUGCUUGAGAAUUGGUGUUAAACAGGGUGGAUGCUCUGGCAUGUCGUACACGAUGGACUUUGAGAGCAAAGAGAACGCUAGACCAGACGAUUCCAUUAUUGAGUAUAAUGGUUUCGAGAUAGUUUGCGAUCCAAAGAGCCUCCUCUUCUUGUAUGGCAUGCAAUUGGACUACAGUGAUGCUCUUAUUGGUGGAGGCUUUUCUUUCAAGAAUCCAAAUGCCACACAAACAUGUGGUUGCGGUAAAUCUUUUGCCGCAGAAAUGUAGGAUUGUGUAUAUGGACAAACUUGAAUAGAAUAAUAGAUGUACAACAAACUGUGUAUGAAAUUUCCAUGGUAGUCCUGUAUUACAUAUUUCAGAAAUCCUAGUAGUAAAAUCAAUUGCAUUACUGAACCCAGCUGUCUUCAGUUUUCUCUUUCGAGCAACUCACUAAG